GGAAAUACGCACAUCUCUAGCUAACGCUGGGUCAAUUGAACAACAAAAAAUUCUUCGCUAAAAUGUCAUAUUUAUUAACGGAAAUCGCCCUGGAAAUGCUGGGCUACAAGUUUUACGACACGGAUGGGGUAUUUCAUUUGAUCAACUUUCAACAAUCCACAACAGCUGCUCAAUCCGAUGGGCAGACACAUCCAGAAGAGCCCUCGUUAAUGGAGUUUAUUGAUCAGCCAUCUGAUACGGAUUCCGAAAAAAAUAAUGGGCACGAGCAGGCACAAUCAUCAACGGUUCCCUCGACCAUUAAACUACGCGGCACACCCGUUCGGGCAUUAGCCAAAAUGAUGGAAUACCAGAGCGAUAAAAUGCAUAAUGGAAACGAAGAGCAGGAGCAGCAGCAGAAGCAACAAACGCAGCAGCAGUCUCAACCGCAACCGCAGCAUCAACAACAACCACCGAAACGAUCAUCCAGUUCCUCAGUGGAAACUGAAUCAUCGCAUGUUGUACCAACGAAAUCAACAAGUACAGCCCGUCGAACACCCACCAGAGCUUUGGCUAACAUCAUGAGCUAUGAAAUCGAUAAAAUACGUAAUCAAAUAAUAUUGCGUAUGGAAAAAGCACUGAAAAAAGAACCUGGAAGGCCCAGCCAGGAGGCACUACAGGAAGGCCUAAAGGCUGAGCUGAAAAAAUUAGCGCGAGACGCCAACGAAAUGCAAGAGUUUCGGCAAUUCUUAGAAGAACGACUACGACGCAUUGAUUCACGUCCAUAUGAGGCCUACGUUCGAACGUUUCGUGCUGAAUAAUUUUUGGUAUACAAAUUUAGUAUAGUUAGUA